GCUGCCAAUAUCUCCCCAUCCGCAGCGCUCUCGUUCAGGGACAAUGCAGCCCAGAAUCCAGCGCGCCGAAACAGCCCAGCUGCUCCACUCCUCUCAAUGAGAUUGUUUUUAUUUGCUUCUCCUCUCUCUCUCCCUCUCUCUCUAUCUCCCUCUCUCUCUCUCUAUCUCUCUCUCUCUCCCUCUCUAUCCCCCUCUCUCUCUCUCUCUCUCUCUCUGUGUGUGUGUGUGCCACGUCUCCUCACAUGUUUGGGGGAUUGAGCAGAUCGGCGCUCGGGUCGGACAGCACAGUGCGGUGCGGUGCAGCAAGUGACAGCGUGUGAUUAAAGCAGAGAGGGACUGAAUCAGCAUCGCUUUGCGUCCCUGCUCCUCCACCCCUCCCUCCCCUCUGUCCAUCCAUCCAUCCGUCCACCCCAGCCCAGGCAGCUUCAACUCAGAAGCACGCCCACUGAGGGGGUGCCAAGGAAUCAGGCGGGCGGGCAGACACACACACACCCAGACAGACCGGGACACACACACACACACACGCAGACAGACGGACAGGCGAACGAACCAACGAAACGUACACACAAGGCUGCCAUACCAGUGGUCAGACACAGACAUGGAGUCACAGGAUACCAGCCGGUCAUUUUUGCACAGGUGCAGGACCUCGCCUGACAGGAUGGGUGUUAGUGUGCUCGUCACACUUCUAAUCGGUGUGUGGUGUGCCCAGGCUCUGGAGAUGUCUGUGGGAAAGGUGGGCGUGAUCGAGGCGUUGAACGGCAGCACAGUGCUCAUGCCUUGCGUCUACUCCAGCUGCAUUGGCAUCAAGAACCUCUACUUCAGCUGGAGCUACAACAGGACCGAGCCACUGUGUGAGGGCUUGAUACCAAUGGAGGGCAUUGAUCCUCAUGUGGUCAUCCUGAACGAGCGCGUGGAGUUUGUGGGUUCCAGUAAGACGAGCAACAUCUCCAUCAUCUUCAAGAACAUCACCUUUGAGGACGCGGGGGACUACAUCUGCUUCGGCAAAAACCCCAAGGAGAAGGGCCGCAACCACAGUGCCACCCUGACCCUCAUAGUUGUCGAUGAACUGCGGGAAGUGGACAACACACUCACCGUUAUCAUCAUGUCAGUGGUUGGAGGGGUCAUCGGAUUCAUUGUCUUAGCCAUGGUCAUCAAAUCCCUUGUGCUCCACAUUCUCGGCAAGGUCCAAGAGAAAAAACUGUCUUGCCAAGAAAGUGAAACAGAAAAGGCAAAGAGUGCCUUGUGAGUUCUUCAGGGAAUGACAACACAGAGAACGGUCUCUCCGGCUCCAAAGCAGAUAACAAAGCAACACCAAAGGCAUGAAGGCGUGUAUGUUUCUACAUACCACUCCAUGUAUAUAUGUAUACAUGAAAGUGUAUAUACAUAUAUAAAUAUAUGGUGAAGAAGAUAUGUAUAGACAGAGAUUACUAUAAUGGACUGCUUUAUUCUCUUGACCCUAAUGGGGAAUUGUACUUCAUGGAUUGGAACAUAUGAUUAUUAUUUUUUUAAAUUAUUAUUAUUAUUAUUAUUAGUAUUAUUAUUAUUAUUAUUAUGAUUACGCUUGAGACUUGGAUUUAUAGGAAAGUGUCACGGGCUGGAUUCAUAAACAUUGCUAUGCUAGCUUCACCCUUAGCAACAAACAACAACAGAUCCUCUCCUGUUUACAUGGGCUGAAGACUGGGUUCAGUAUAGACAUUCAGAUUCAGAUCCAGUAAUGACUGUAGAUUUCAGUGGGUGUGUGUGGGGAGAGACAGAGGAGCUUUUUAGAUGUGUUGCCCCUUGUCCCUCUGAGUUAGCACUGGACACCCACAGCCUCCAUACACACUGCCAAAGGUCUGCCAGCAUCUUCGCUGGACAGGUUCAACUCAGCUCACUGCAGCACAUGAAGAACAGUUCAUUUUUUUUUACCGUAUAGUAACAUAAAGCUCAUAUUUGUAAACACUUACAUGCAUUCCAAAGUAACACUACCGAGGGGGAAAUAUCUAGGCAAGCAAAACAAGACCCUUCUUUCAGUGCUGUCUACACCAUUGCUCUGCUUAUCAGAUAUUCCUCAAGCAAUGGAGGCAAUGACAUGAUUAAAACACACGUUAGACCUCUCAGCACAUAUCCUAGACCCUACUCUACAGUCUACAGUCUGUUAAAGGUGCAGGACGUGUAGAAUGAUAAAUAAAAACCCACACAAAUGAGUCCUUCACGCUGGAGGGUGGAGCAACAUGGGAGCUGUUUCUAAAUCCAGCCCUGCACAGACUUUUCCUUUCGCUUUAGAUGCGUCACAGGUGCCUGCACAUGCUUCUGACUUCCUUACGCUUUUAUGGAAUCUUCCUUCCUUCUGCUACUCACACACACACACACACACACACACACAAAAUAUAUAUACGCUAACGUUUUAAUCAAAGAUUUUAAAAAAUAUAUAGAGAUUUUAAUGAAUAUAUAAAAACUUGGAGGAAUAAUGAGAAACAAAUCCCCCAGAACAUGAUCCCAUCCCUCAUGAAAUGAAUGGACUAUUAUUAUUAUACGCUGCUUUGAGAACAAAACAAAACAAAAAGCAUUUUUUGCAUGUUGAAUGAUUUUAUAUAGACAUACUGUAUGUACACUGCACCAUAUGAGACCCACCUUGUACAAGUUCACUCUCUAUUAUGUUUUGGUUUCUCUAUCAAAGCCUGCUCUGUCUAUGUAAAUCCAAACACCAACUGUACACAUUGGAAAACCCAGUUUGACUUGAUGCCAGACAAACUCUAUUUUGUGUAGGCUGUUUUGUAGGGGCAGGGGUUCUCAGUUGUGCGUCUGGCCACUGUCUGGCACACCAUAGCAUCCGUCUGUCUUUCUCUUGCACACCUGCUAAUUCUGGUCAGUGCUUUUGGCCAUGGUUGACGGGUUAUUGCUAAGUAGUGACAGAAGGAAGAAGCUUUGGUGCGGAUUAAGUGUUAGCCCCUGCUGAGCGGGAUGUGAAACUAUUCAACACACCGUUCUUUGGGCAGACGGCACCUUUACCUUCUUUUCUUCUUUUCUUCUUUUCUUCUGUUCUUCUUCUUCUUAUCUUCUUUUCUUCUCUUCUUCUUCUUCUUCUUCUUCUUCUUCUUCUUCUUCUUCUUCUUCUGAUAUACUGUCUGCCCACCAGUCUCAUAACUGCCCAUUGCCACCCCAAUGUUCAGCCCUUUAAAUACCUUUUGUUGUCUAGAAACUUGAGUUAAGUCCAGAGGAAUACUCAUCCUUACACAAUCAUAGCAGUUGUGGUAUUCAUCUGUACCUUUUUAAGGCAAGAACCAUAUGAUCAGCCAUAGAAACGUAGGAACUUAGAAACGUAGCUUUAUCCUGUUUGCAACCAGUGAAGUUAAAGAAUACCAUCAAUGUUGAAUAGUUUAUAUCAAUGUAAUGAUGGUCUUACUGAUAUCCAUUCAUCUACCAUACGACAGGUACAGGAACAGACUAAACAUUUAUACAGUAUUUGUAGUAUUUGAAACAUACAGUAGUAAUCAGAAGUGCAAGCUACCUGAAUAUUUGUCAACAACUGUAUUGUCCUGCAGUAAUGAGGCACACAUGUUAAUUCAAUUUAUAAACAAGACCAGCGUAUUUUUAUUGUGGAAAAGAACAUAGUGAGAUGAUUUCAUGAUAAAUUCAUAAUUUUAUCCAAAUCCUUAUUUCUCCCCCUUAACAGUCUCUGACAACCUUUAAACCCUUUUUUGCCAUCUGAAAUUACGCAUAUACCUCGGUGUAUCUAUUUCACGUCUGAGAUUCUAAUUGUAAUGGAAGUUCAGGAAAAUGUAAUCAAUGAAUGUUGCUUUCAGUGAUUCGGAUGAAAGCAAAAAAUGUAAAUGUCCUCAGCAAACAUUUGCAAUGCACUCCCUACCUGGAUGGAGGGAUCCUAGACGGUGCCAUGUUUGAAGAGGAACCCCUAUGGGCACUUUACCCAUGUAGAUUAUUUUAAUUUUUUUUCAGUGUAAACAUAUGUAAACAUUGUAAAUGUGUGGCAUAGGGAAAGUAACCGAGUGUGCUAUAUUGAAGAGAAGGUGUUGACAGUCCAGUGGAAUAUAGGUAUAUUUCUGUGUGGAUAGUAUGUAGGAUAGGCAUGGGAAGGUGAGCUUCGUUAGGAGUUGUGAGUGCUUCCGUGUCCUGGUAAGCACCUUUAAAUAGCAACGGUCCUUUUCACUUGACGCUACUUCAAGAAUCAGGGCCUUGAGCUCUCCUAAGGUUGGCUUGGGAGGGUUUUACAUGCUUUUAGUGCAGUGGCAUCCCAUAAUAUCAUGAUCAGCCAUGAUGUGCUUGAAAUGACUUAUGGGAAUUAUUUCAAUGUAAUUUGUACGAUUACAUUUGACUAUACCAUUGCUUUUAUAUUAUUAUUAUUAUUAUUAUUAUUAUUAUUAUUAUUAUUGGUAAAUAAUCCAAAGAGUUACCUCUGCACCAUUUACCAUUUUGUGUUUCUAAUCUGAUCCCAGAGCAAUAAUGGCAUUAUUUUAUUCCCAUGCUUUUAAUAACUAAUGUUGCAAUAUACAGUGUGUUUGUGCGUGUAAACAGAGCUACUGAGUUGGUGUCCAUUUUGGGACUGGGGCCAUUGGCCUUGCUUGUCCAUGAUCUGGCGAUGAUGUUUAUAUUGGUCAGGAUGAAGGAAAGGGGAAAAAUGUGUUCAUAACCAAAACACACACACACACACACACACACACACACACACACACACACACACAUACAUACACACACACACACACACACACACACACACACACACACACACAUACUCACGAAAGAGAGGUUCAUUCCACUACAGUUCAAAAUACAUCUGCAACACUUAUGGAUGUUGCAGAUUUCCAUCUAUGCAUGACAGGCAUUAGUGACCUGGUGGCAACUGUAAAAUCACACUGAAUGCUAAAAUGAGUGAGGCUGAUGAUUUCACCAAUACUGAACAAUCUGUCAAACAAUCUGUUUGCUGGUGGGGUUAUAAGCAAUAUUGUUAAAAAAAGGAAUGUUUGAAUCUGCGUAACACAGCUUCCGUUAAAGCACAUUUGUUUUGAUUCUGGCCUUGAAAUGGAUAAUAAGCUUAAGGGGUUCUUUUAUUUUAAUAUUUACUUGCCUACUGUUACAUAUCUACUUAGUUUCUGGUCUAUUUGCACUUUACAUGCACUCAAACCUUCUGUGAACACCAUUAGUCUGCCCAAGUCUUUCUCCAACAUGUCUUCCCACUGAAAGAGCUCGGACAAUGAAUGUACAAGUCACGCUAUCCUCCCGUCUUCCUGUUUUCUUCCAUCCUUCCUAUAUCCUCACCCAUCUCUCCUCUGUGUAUGCUCUGUAUCUCGCAGCUCUUCUCUCUCUCUCUCUCUCUCUCUCACUCUCUCUCUCUCUCUCACUAUCUCUCUCUCUCCCUCUCUCUCUCUCUCUCUUGCUGUGUUAUGUCUCUUGUCUGCCUCAGACCCCUGCUGUCUGAUCUAGUGCAUUGUCAUCAGUGGGGAUUGAUUUUUCUCUGGGCUCGGCUGCUUGUGCCUGGAUUGAGAGGCGCUCUGCACCAGAAACAGCAGCCCAGCCCAUUUCAACUGCAGCAGUGCAGUCAUGGAAUCUCCCGCCCCCCCUCUCUCUCUCCUUCCCUCUCUCCCCCUCCUCUCUCUCUCUCUCUCUCUCUCUCUCCCCUCCUCUCUCUCUCUCUCUCUCUCUCUCUCUCUCUCUGACUUGCUCUCUCAUUCUCUCCAUAUCCCUCCCCUCCCCUUCAUGUAGUUCCUUUCUAUUGUUGUCCUUAAAUUUGCUUCUCUAUUUCAUCCCCAUAACUUCAACUCUCUCUGUCUCUCUCUGUCUCUCUCUUGCUUUCUCUUACUCUCUUGCUCUCUCUUUCCUCCCAGACAUUUGUUUUCUUUCCUGUAUUUCAUCUCCAUAUAUUUGUUUCUCAUUUCACCAGCUCUCUCUCUCUCUCUCUCUCUCACUCUCCCUCUCUCUCUCUCUCUCUCUCUCUCUCUCUCUCUCUCUCUCUCUCUCUCUCUCUCUCUCUCUCUCUCUCUCUCUUCUAUCCAUCUGUCAGUCAUCUAUCCAUAUCUAUCUGUCUGUGUCUGUACAGUACACAACCAAUGCCAGUGUACACGACAGUGGUUGUCUUUCUGGAGACUAUGUAGGCCACUGCAUCCAGGACAGGCAAUAGUAUUAACUUAUGAAUCUGGGCACGUAUACAACUGAAAGUAUUUUUAUUGUACAAAGUAUUACUUCACUGAUACCCUGUCUCAGUGUCUGCCUAUAUACAGCCAUCACACAGGGAAGUGAGUGAUUUUAAAGACAGAAAUGCAUAUCUACUUUUUUUGGCAGAACUGACCAUUAUGUUUUAGCAAACGGGCUAAACAAUGGAAGUGAAAGAGAUGAAAUCCCUAAAAAUGAAAUCUUUACUGAAAUGCAUUGUGGGACAAAUGAGCUGUCCAUUAUUAUUUGAUGCAUAAUGCAAACCGAGGGGCAAUUUCUUUUUUUAACAAACUUGCUCCAGAUUCUAUGAUCUGAAAACUAAUAAAAACUAUAGAGGAAAUUUUAUGUACAUGAUAAAGGUGAAAAAUAUGUAAUCCUGACUCAUAGGUCUACCACUGCCACUUUUGAAAUAUCUACAUGUUUGGAUUUAACCACACACCAUAUGGGAGCCAGGGCUGUUUAUGUAGCCAUUGCAAGCAGAUUUCUCUGGUCUUGGACUGUGGAAUGAACUAGUACAUGCUUGUCUGAAAUGAACACUUGAGCACCCUUGGCUCGCUAGUCUAAAGAGAUGACGUCUCACCUCUAGAUUAGAACAACAUCAGCAAUGACCUUUAAAGUGUACUCCAAUUUGAUACUCGUAUAAGGAUUUCACUGCCCGGACGAGCGGCUCCUGCACCCACUGCCAAGCCAAGAGUCAGCGCGGUCCGCUCAUUACUUGCCCCCGCACGGGGCACUUACUGUCCAGAACCCCACCGUCUGGAGACAACACAGUGAAACUGUGGCCCGGGGAUGUGUAAAAAAAUAAAAAGCCAUUUUCUCUUCUGACCCAUCCUUCUGCAUGUAUGUGUUCUUCUAGCCUCCCCUAGUCCUAUUCUCCCCUUUGGGUGUCUUCCCAUUGGUUUACAAACUUUCAAAUGCUGUUUAGCGUAGUCGUUCCACCCCACAUGUAGACCACAUUUUACUGGGGUUGUCUCCAGACACACAUCUGGCUACACAAGACUAGAUCGGAACAUUCCAGAAAGGGACUUAUAUUCUUCCCCUGCAGUGAAACUCACUACAUUUCCACUAGGGAUAUAACAAGAUAUGUAUACCUAAAUACAUAGAGAUUACAAGAGCUAUCCCUUUUGUGAUGGUACUGUACUGUUUUAACUCAAAAAAUGUAAUAUCCCCACUAUCUCAAAGCUUUUUGUGGGCUCAGAGAAGGCUAAUAAUCUGUAUGCCUUGAAAGCAUACAGUGCAUGGUCACUAUAACUGUUUUUUUCUAGA